AUGUUUCCCGAUGCCAGCGACGAGCGCGUGCAGCUGCCGCCGCCGCUGGAGCGCCAGGAGGAGCUCGCUGCCGCGCGCGUGGCGGGCCUGGCGUCCCUGAGGGCCCAGAACCCGCGCAUGGGCGAGGCGGCCCUGCUGUCAUACUGGCGCGAGGGCGAGCGCCGCGCGGGGCGCCUGCCGCACGACGGGGUGCGGGCGGGCAGCUACGCGCCCCCCGACUUCCUGUCCGGCUACCCGGUCCCCAACGGUUUCUCCUUCAAUUACAACAGCUUCAUGGGGCAGAUGGAUCCGCUGGACGGCAAGUACUACGUGGCGCCGCAGCUGCUCAGCAGCUUCCUGCGGGAGGUGCACGGAGCGAUGGGGCGGCGGUGGGCCAAGCUCUGCCUGUCGGAGAAUUACAACAAGCGGGCGUACAGGCACUUCCAAGAGCUGGACUUUGACUGGUCAAUGCCCAUCGAGGCCGUGCUGGCCGCGGUGCCCCGCAUCGCUGCCAUCGUGGCCGAGGAGGCCGCGCGCGCGCACGGCCUGGAGGGGCCGCCGCCGGCGCCGAUCGUCCACCUCAACUUCCCGGGAAUUGUGACGACCGAGGGCCGCGCCCGCCGCGCCCGCAAGGCCGUCAUCAACCGCUGCCGCGCUGAGCUGGCGGGCCUGCCGCCGCUGGCGCUGCUGCGGGACGAGAUAGGGUCGCAGCAGGCGCUGCAGCGGGCCGAGGCGGAGCUGCGGUCGCUCAGGGCUGAGGAGGCGCGGCUCAGGGCGCUGGCAGCGGGCCUUGGCGGCGGCGGCGGCGGCAGCGGCGGCGCCGGCGACGUCGUCACGGGCGGGGACGAGGCGGCGGAGGGCAGCGACGGCGGCGGCGCGGCUGCGGGCGAGCAGGGCGGCGGGCCUGGUGGCGGCGCGGGGCUGGAGGGCGGCGGCGCCGACAUCAGCAACAGCAGCAGCAGCAGCGGCAGCGGCAGCGGCAGCGAGGUCGGCGACGGCGGCGGCGGCGGCGGCGACCCCCAGGGCGGCGACCCGCUGCUGGCGUCGCUGGAUUGGGAGGCUGUCGUCGACGUGCCGCACGGCAGCCUGCGCCUGCCCGGCUGCUACAAGGCGCCCUGGAUGGACAAGGACCCGGACUGGGUGCUGGACAAGUGCUACAGCGUGGUGGAAUGGCGGCCGGAUGAGGGCGGUGACAGGGGCGGCGGCGCGUGGUACAAAGUACCGCUGACGCUGGAGCUGCUGCGCGACUGCAGCAUCCACCCGCCGCCAGAGCAGGUCGCGGAAUACGAGCAGUCAGCGGCUUUCAUGGAGGAUUCUUUCCAGGACAUCGAGCGCAAGCGCACCACCAACGCGGUGCGCAACAGCGUCAAGCAGGCCAGGAAGGCAAUCAAGGCGCUCUGCAAGGAGCUCGGGCUCGAGCCGCCCCAGCAGCACCAACCGCAGCCGCAGCAGCAACAGCAGCAGCAGGAGGGCAGCGGCGGCGCGGGAGCGCCGCAGGCGGCGCAGCAGCAGAAGGAGCGCGUGUUGACGCUCGCGGAGGCGGCGGCGGCGGCGCUGGAGGAGCAGGCGCGGCGCGCGGAGGAGCGGCGGAGGAGGGAGGCCGAGAUGGCGGAGAAGAAGCGCCGCGCGGAAGAGCUGAUGCGCGCGGCCAGCAGCCGCCUGGCUGGCGCAGCGCGACCCUCGCCCGCGAGCCCGGCCAAGCCGCAGCUGCGGGGGCCGCCCGCGCUGCGGCUGCCGCCUAGAGCGCAGCCGCCGCCGCCGCCGCCGCCGCCGCAUCAGCAGGUGCAGCAGUAG